AUGUCAGAACAACGCAAUAUCGUCGUUAUCGGCGCGUCAGGCGCUGGCCUCCAGGCAACGCAUUACAUCCUCAAGCAUAUUCUGCCUGCUUUGAAGGCCAGGAAUGAUGCCAAGUACCAUGUCUACAACAUCUCGCCAUCUUCGCAAUGGUACUUCAGGGUUGCCUCACCACGUGUGGCAACUUCCACUGAGCGCAUGUCGACGGACAGGGUCUUGCUUGACCUACACGAGGGCUUCAAGCAAUACUCCAAGGAUGACUUUACAUUCAUCGAAGCCUCUGCCACUGGUCUCGAGCCAUCAGCGCGGCGUGUGCUGUUUCGCAGCAACAAGGGACUAGAUGAUGAAUCGUUGAGCUACCAUGCCCUCGUUGUUGCUACAGGAAGUAAGACAUACUUCCAAGCCUUCUCUAUGAGUGCCGAUGCUCGAAGCACCCUAGACGCGAUCAGUUCGACGAACAAUCAGAUCAAGGCAGCGAAGGAGAUUGUGAUCGUCGGUGGUGGUCCAACAGGGGUUGAGUUCGCAGGCGAAGUUGCUGAGCAUCGUAACGGCAAGCCAGGAUGGUUCAGCAAGGUGCAGCCAAACGUCAACGUUACCUUGAUCACGUCGGACAAGCAGCUUCUUCCAGGUCUUCGCCCUGCAAUCGCCAAAACAGCAGAGCGAAAGCUCAACGCGCUUGGUGUAAAGGUAGUGUAUAACACGCGAGUCACCGACUCAACACAGACGGAAGACGGCCACACAUCGCUCACUCUGAAGAACGGUGAUAAGCUUGAAGCAGAUCUCUACGUUCCCGCAUAUGGUGUUCAACCAAACUCUACUUGGCUCCCAGAACAACUCCUCAACGAAAAAGGUUACUUGGUUACUAAUAACUCCACCCUUCGCGUCGACAUGGCAGGCCCUCGCGUCUAUGGUUUCGGCGAUAUUGCAUCGUACUCGCGCAACAACUUCUGGGACAUCAACAUGGCUCUGCCGAUUCUGGCCACCAACCUCAAGCGCGACCUGCUCUCCUUCAACCCCCUCCUCCCUGAAGAGAAGCCGAAGGGUAAAGACAGAUUGUACACGCCUGCUACAACAGAGGGCAUGAUUGUUCCAAUCGGAAGUGGAGGCGGUGUUGGCGCUAUCAUGGGAUGGAAGUGGGUGAGGUUACUCGGCGGCUCGUCCCAGAAGAAGAAGCAGGCCGCCCCCAACAACCCCCAACAGCGGCUGGCACGCUUCCGGCAGCGAUACAAUCAGAUACUGCAAACAUGGCAAAAGUCGACCAACCUCGCCAACGACCGCGAAGCCCUGGGCAACAUCCGGCGCGGCUUCCAGGCCCUCACAGCGAUACUCAGCGACGAGUCCCGUUCCCCGGCGCCGCACAUGUGCCUCCAGUUCUCUGCCGCCCAGCAGAUAUACACGGCAAUCUCCAAGAUAGCUGCGACGGCACACGAUGAGGGUACAGUUAGGGACGCCGUGGCCUUCUACAAUGCGCUCAUCGACAGCGAAGAGGAGGACUUUCUCGAAAACGACGUCUUUGCCGUGUCGCUGAUGAACUUCAUCGACCGCACAAUUGGGUCAGGAAGCAUGGGCAUAGGAGAAGAUAUCGAGGCCGACAUCGUAGAGCUGCUGUUUGGCAUCGCGGCCAAGAUCAGGUUGCAGCCCGAGAUUCUGCAUGUCUGGUUCACCACUACAUCUGCAGAUAACGAGGGACGGCUGCUGAACCAAAAGACCGACUUCGCCGGCGUCACGCAGAAAGAGGACUUUCCGUUGUGUUAUCAGCUCAUUGAUCAUGUCCACCACGAAGGUCGUAUCGGAGACUUUGCACGCACCGGGUUGCUCUACAUAUUCGAGUCUGCAUCUAGAAAAUUGUCAAUACUCCACCCUGCGCAUAACCUGCCCCCUGUCCUACUACUCUCCGACUACACCGAGAUGCAGUCCAACCCGCAAGCAGAGAACUUCUUUACUCCCGAUUUCCAGAGUCAUCUUCUGACGUUCCUGUCAUACCUUGCUUUCUGGCAAGAUGUGCUUGAGCACUGCAGAUCCCUCGACGUAAGGGUUACGUUGAUCGAUCACUUCCAGGCUUUAUUCCUUCAGCAGCUUCUAUAUCCUUCGCUACUUGAGUCGUCUGACGCCGAUGGCGGCUCGUCUGUGGCAGUACUCACAUAUCUUCGUCAUAUCCUAGAUGCGCUGGAUCAUCCAGAGCUUGUCCAUAUGAUGCUCCAGUAUCUACUUGCCCUCCAGGACUACGCAUCCUCAAAGACACCACGGUCACCUGCGGCUGUCAAACGGCGCCAGUCGCUUAUGCUCCUUACCGCCUCCGACAAGGACGACGAUAAGCUGAACCCAUCCUUGUUCAACCUCGUCGAUCUCGUGUUAGGAAGCACAGCGUCGCGCAAUGCACAGACAGUCAUUGCAGCAUUGAAGCUGACCAAUGUUAUAUUGAGCAAAAGCCAUGGAUACGCUCUCGGAUCUCUGGUCAAGGUAAUGAACUUGCAUCAUAAAGAGCAUAACAGAACCAUCGGAUCCCUGAACAAGGAGCUUGAGUUGUAUCUGAACCUCGCUAUUGACCUCGCUGGCAUGGACGGUGUUGAUGAGGCGUAUGAGAGCUACUUGAAAGAUACUCUGAGCCUACUGGAGACGCAUCCUUGCUCGUUGAAGACCAUCGCCUUACCCGCGACGUCUUCGAAGACUCCAGGGUACUUUGACUCAACUGAAGCCGCAACAAGAGAGGUUGAUCCGCACCAACUGCUUCCGGAAGAUCCGCUCUUCCAGUCUCUCAUGGAAUUAUUGCUGAGAUUCUUGACGAACGACGUCGAGACAAAUCUAGCACUUACUGAGGCAAUCAUCACGCUUGGCACCUGCUCCCAGUUACGCCUAGAAGGAUGGUUAUCCGUUGAUCCCGCCGACUACCAUUUUGAAAGCGACGAUCCUGAAGUCGCGUCGUUCACGAAUGAUAAUCUGCGCGCCAUGUUCAUGGCUGAGAGGUUCCCGACAUGGGAAUCUUCUGCUACCCCUCAGCUAUUCGCAUGCCUGAGACAACUCCAGGCGCAAGUCUAUGCCCUGCGUAGUGACAUCAAGGAUUGGGAUGAGCACGUUGCUAGUCGGAAGAACGCUUUCCGCUUUCACCAAGACGUCGUGGAAGAAUCGAAAAUGUCAACACCGCAGUCGAAGCCCGCGCGAGGUCCCUCGGAUAUCCCAGCUGGUUCAUGGACACCGCAGAUACCACAACAUGUACGCAACCAGCCGACGACACCUCUAAGGGCGCAGUCUCCCAGAGGCAGGAAAGAAACGCUGUCCGAAGCCAGAAAUACCCCAGGCGCAUCGCCCGCACCAUCAAGAUACGGAGGCCAGACACUUGUCGGUUCACCUGCCCGUGCCUCGUCCCCUAUGUCAUCAACAUACGCGGUUCAACAGCCUUCGUUGAUGUCAGAUGUCGACGCUAGCAUAUCACAGAUCAGGAUGAGCCAGUUCGGCAAGAGGCGUAUCCGCUUCCGCCGACCGGCUGGAUCAAAGGAGGUUGAAGUCAUGUUAUCGAAGUUUCAGCCGCCACCCAAGGAGCCCUCCGACGACGCGGUAGCUGGCGCUGAGAGUACUGAAGAAGAUGAUAUUCGAGAAGCGAGUUUACUACACAUUAUUACGAACGUAGUCAUACUGCAGAACUUUGUACUGGAGCUUGUCGCAUUGAUGCAGGUUAGGUCGAGUUUGUUUAACGAGGUCAGAUUUAUCUGA